GGGGCUGAAAUCUAUAUAAGGCCGAUAGUUAGCCCUAGUUCGCUACCACUAGGCUACAUCACUACCACCGUUAUUGCUACAGUUGAUUCGGAGUUCUGCAAAGCCUUUGCUACCUCGUCGUCAUCAUCAUGAAUCUCCUCAUAGUUCUUAUGCUGGGAGCCUGUGCUGCAGUUGCUCUGGCAGAUGACAGCAAGGAAUUGGAAGCCUUAAUGCAAGCGAUUAACAGCAAUGAAAACGGAGCGACCCUGAAGAACCGCAUCCAAUGGGGCUUUCCGCACGUCCACGUACACCUGCCCCACAUCGCCUGGGGUUUACCACACGUCCACUUACACCUGCCUCACAAACGAGAUGAAAGCAACGUGAAAUCAGAUGACAGCAAGGAAUUGGAAGCCUUAAUGCAAGCGAUUAACAGCAAUGAAAACGGAGCGACCCUGAAGAACCGCAUCCAAUGGGGCUUUCCGCACGUCCACGUACACCUGCCCCACAUCGCCUGGGGUUUACCCCACGUCCACUUACACCUGCCUCACAAACGAGAUGAAAGCAACGUGAAAUCAGAUGACGCCAAGUCAUUGGAAGCUUUAAUGCAAGCGAUUGACAGCAAGGAAUACGGAGAGACCAUGGACGCAUUCCCACCAGGCCUGAAGGACCGCAUCCAGUGGGGCUUCCACAUACACCCCUACCACAAGCGAGAUGAACACAAAUCAGAUGAGUUUCAGGCUGAGGAUGAUGCCACUUCCUUCAGGCCACGUCCCGCUGGCAAGGCGUAAGGGCCAACAACAUCCAUGAGUAAUGUUGCCACGAGGGAUGCUACUGGGAGGAAAUCGUGGAAUAUUGCUAGAGAACACGGCAAGAUACACGGCCUGAACGGGCAUGGUGCCCGGCUUAGUUAACGUAGAAUUAGUAGCGAAG